AUGGGCUUUUCGGAAGCCUACUUCCACCAGGAGUGUGGAUGGAAGAUGUUCGAGUCACAGGAGGGUCGAGUGAAGUGGAAGAAGGUGAAGAAGAAACGGAGGAUCCGGCCGCAGGCUGCCACCGCCCUGGCCAGCUUGAAUCAGUCACAGACUUCCUUGGGAGGUGAGAUCACCGUGGAGCUAGAGACCCCAGCGGAGAAGCUUCGUGGUGCCAGCACGGUGCAGCUCGAAGAGAUUGUGCAGGACCUGGAAGUCAAUGGAACUCAGGAGGAUCAGAAUGAGUAUCUGCAGCUCUGUGCCAAAGCCUUGAGCAACCCGGAGGAUCGGCAGAAGGCCGUGGAGGCUGUGAAGGAGCUGCUACGAGCAGGAGCCAACCCCGAAGCGGAGAUGGAGGAUGAGGAUGACACCGCCAUGGAUUUCUUGGCCAAGGAUGUGGAUGUCAUCACCGAGUGCAUCGUCAGUGGAGUUUGCCAGGAGACCUUGCUCCCGUGCUUGCUCUUGGGGGAGGGGGAGAAGUUCACCAAAGGAGUGGAAGAUUUGAUGCAGGAUGCCGAACUCUUCGAUGAGGAGGCCAACCGAAAGUCCAAAACCCAGUUGGGCUGCAGAUCUUCUGGUCUACUUGGAGAAGAUGGUGGCACCAAGGAAACCACAUGGCUGGAAGCAAGACUGCGCGAAAAGCUUCGCCCCAUUCUGGCUCCGCGUGUUUGCGCUCCGCCUGUGGAGGAGAAGUGCUUUGCCGUGAGCAAGUUCUAUGUUAGCUUGGAAAAGCAGAACUUGCUUCGCGCCCCACCAGUUCAAGCCAAGCUUCAAGUCUUGCCUAUCAGUGGGGAUGUCGCAUGCAACCGACGAGUUCUAGAAGCGGUCGCGCAAACGGCCAAUGAGGAGACCUUGGCGAGCGAUACAGUCGAGUCAAUCGUGGAGGCAGCAUGGCUCCAGCAUCGUGCAUCGACCCUGCUUGAGAUCCUGCUGAGUGUGACCAAUGCACUGCUUUUGUGCGUGGUGUCCUAUGAGUGUCACAACUUCACCGGGUCCAGAUGGGCCUUGUGGGCUGCAGCUGCUUCAACCGCCAAAGAAGCCAUCCAAAUUCUGCCCGUGAUGUGGCGGGAGCUUUCACUGAACCUCUUGCCGGACAUCAUCUACGUGGGUGCGGGUGUUCUGGCGCUCGUUCCACGCAUGGGCGCCCAAGCAUUGGAGGAACUGCCCUGUGGUCCCUCCAUGGCGCUUCUGUGCUCCCUCAGUUGGCUUCGCUUGCUCUUCGCCAUGCGCGGCGAGCGCUGGCUGGGUCCCCGCUUUCUGCCGAUCAUGUUUGCGCUGCGCGACACCUUCGCCUUCUUCCUGGUGGCCCUCUUGUGCUUGACCGCCUCGGCCCACGCGUACUACGUGCUGAAUGCCCGGGGCACGGAUCCCUUUCCCGUGUAUUCCUCGAUCACGCAGACCUUGCGGCUGGGGAUGUUCGGCGAUUUCGACCUCUUUGAGUUCCAAGGUCAGGAUACCACCUUUCACCGCUCGGGCUCCGUGUCGGGCUCGGUGUGGGAACCAGUGGAUCCGACGCCACAGGAGCUGGGCUUGGAGCAAUAUGUCUACAUCCAGGUGGUGUUUUACCUCACGGGUAUUGGAAUCACCAUCCUGCUGAUGAACCUCUUGAUUGGAGUGCUCGGGCAAAACUACGAGCUUUACCAAGACCAAGCACCCCAGCUCUUCACGCGGGCGCGCGCAGCGAUGCUUCUGAAGCAUCAGGACAGGCCCUGGUUCAUCCUGGCCGGCUGGCUACAGCCAUGGCGCAGUUGUGAUGAGAGCAGUCGCCCUGAGUGUUGGAUCCGGGUACUGGUAAGUCCCCUACACCUGGCUCUGGGCGAGUCUGGGAAAUUCCUGGUGGCUCAGAACUUCCAGCUCUUCUUCAAAGCCAAUCUCUUCUACAAGCUUUUGAUCCUCCUUUUCGCACCCAUCUUCCUGAUUGGUGGCUUCUCUUUGUCGCUCUUCGUGCUCUGCGCUUCCCUCUUCUUUCGCCCCGAGGGUUUACAAUACCUCAACCGCGUGGCCUUCCUCGGUUGCUUCGGCAACGAGCGCGAGCCCCCCUGCGCCACUGGGGCACCGGGCCCGGCGCCGGCGACUGCGCCGGGCUUCAGCGGCCGGCUACGGCGCUGGUGGCGCACGGCUCGGUGCUGGCAUCGGGUGCGGCGCGCCUUGCAGCCGAAGGACCCUGCUGGCGUGCUGCACCGUGGGUCGGAGUGCUUGAUUUGGGUCUUGGUCCGUCCAUCACCUCCCAGUUACGAGCUCCGAAGCAUGCGCACCGACCUGAAGCUUUGCAUCCAGGAUCUGGCCACCGAUUCCAAGAAGGACGUGAGGAAAUUGAAAAGGGAUGUGCAGAAUGUCAAGAGUCAUCUACAGAAGAUGGACCAUAAGCUGGACUCUUUGAUGAAGAUGAUGGAGAUCCAAAGACAGAGCUCCAAGGACGAUCUGUCACCUGCCUAG